CCCGCUCAAGUUCACCAUGACGUUAUUGGCGCCUGGCGCCAUGUGGUGACUGCUUCAUUCCAAGCUUCCAUAUAAGGAAUUGUGCGCCCAGAAAACCACCUGCAGCUUGAAUACACCUACAAAUGACAUUUCUUUCCGCCACACUUGCCAUCAGCACAUCCUCAGAAACCGAACUGAAGUACUCGCCAGAAGUUGCUAAUGAAGUUCAUGCCAAGAUAGGACCAAUGGUCGAAUCCAGCAUCCAUACAAACUCGUCGGUUCAGGAUACCGAGGACAAGAAGUUGGCUGUGACGGCGACAGGUCCGUUUCAGGGCGACGGCGCCGAUCCCUCACAAGCUGAGCUCUUGAUUCCUCAACAAUUUACCGUGGAUUGGCUUGCGUACUCAGUCUCUCUCAAUUAUAACCGCCUCGCAACAUCCGUUUUCUCCCCCAUCACGCACUGGCACUGGUACGAUCCCGUCCCGCACUCGAGUCUGAUCCUCGGCGCAGUGCCGUCACAGCAUCUACUCGCAAAACUAAAACAGGAAUACCAAGUCGAGGAUAUCGUGAACAUGUGUGCAGAGUUUAAGGGGCACCUGGAGACGAUGCGGGGGUUGGGACUGGUGCAAUGCUGGAUCCCGACACGGGAUUUUCAUACUCCCUCAGUCGAAAAUAUCUGGACAGGAGUUCGGUUUAUUGUGAAAUGUGAUACCCAGUGGCAAGAGAUUGAGGAGGUGAAGAGGGGUCGUAUCUACAUCCAUUGCAAAGCUGGUAGGGGACGGAGUGCGACGGUGGUGCUCUGCUGGCUCGUGUACUGCUACAAACUGACGACACAAGAAGCGCAGCGAAUUCUGUUGAAAGCACGAGCACAGGCACGUCGACACAAAUAUCUAUCUGCGUCCAGAGGUGGUAUCCUUUUACGAACAAGUCCAGGAACAGGAGAACAACAAUACGCACGUACGAAAGGUUUGGCCGGGAGCAUUAUGAGCGAGCCAAGGCGACAUGCACUGUGUAUGGUGCAUCUCUUUCAAAUUUCUACCUCUUCUGAGGAAGCACUUGUCGACCGUUACUUCUGAAAGGAAACACAGUUGACAUGAUUAUGCAGGACUAUGGAUGAGCUCUGCACUCGAGACUCAUCCUAGUUUGUCCAUUCUGCACGAUUACUAAUAAAAGGCAGAGCCAUUGAAAACG